AUGGCAGCGACAGCCGUGUCAACCCCUCUCAAGAGCCAUCAUGGCCUCUUUUCCACCAAGACAGCCAGUGGCAGAAUGCCUCUCACUCCUUCCCCGCGAGGGAGUGUGGCCACCAAUGUCUCCACACAUUCCUCUCCGUCUACUCCUCUUCGAAAAGACCAAUCCAUCCACAAAUCAGAUCCCUCCACCUUCUUCUCUCGAUCGGUGUCACGGUCGGUCUCCAAAUUUGCCUUUGCCCAUUCCCCCAAAUCCAAUAUUGCCAAAGGACGACAAUCGCCUAAACAACUGGAGCUUGGUGUUUCGGAAUGGACCUUGACAGGAACUGGGCCACACACGGCAUCUACACCGUCGAGAGAAAAGUCAAGAAAGGACAGAGCCCUGAGGUCCAGAACAGCCAAGACCACGAUCAGACUUCCUCACAACACAGCAGACCGUUUCAUUCCCAAUCGAAACGCAAGUGCUGGCCUUGCCACGGCAGGCUCUGGCAAGUGUGAUGAGAAUACUCGACCUCGAACAGCAGGAGCAGACGGAUCCAUUAUUCUUGCCAAUGCUGCCAGCGCCUUUGACAUCUCCGCUAGAGGUGCUGACGCAGACAUCAGCACAGCAUUAGAAAGCCUCGGUCUCGAGGACGACAACACUACUUCGUCCUCCCAUCGAUCGCAUCCAGAUUCGACAGCCUAUGAAUCAUCACUAGCUUCGGCGUGUGGCAUUUCAACUAGUCAGCGAAUCCUGGAAUUCAAACCAGCCCCUCCGGAAUCAUCCAAACCGAUUGAUCUCCGAUCACAAUACAACCGCCCGUUGAAGCAGGCCAACGCUCAGUCUGCCCAGUUCCGUCGACGCAUUCAAUCGGCGCCGGAACGAGUGCUCGAUGCCCCCGGUCUGGUCGAUGACUACUAUCUCAACUUACUCGACUGGAGUUCGGGUAACCAGGUCGCCAUUGGGCUAGAGCGCAAUGUCUAUGUCUGGUCGGCCGACAGUGGCACGGUCAGUUGCCUUUUGGAGACAUCGCCCGACACAUACGUGAGCAGCGUAAGGUGGUCCGGUGAUGGUGCGUACGUCGGCGUUGGCCUAGGCUCCGGGGAAGUCCAGAUCUGGGACGUUGAAGAAGGGACCAAACUCCGAAGUAUGUUCGGUCACGAAACCCGAGUGGGUGUGAUGGGAUGGAACAAGCACACUUUGUCCACCGGAGCACGAAGUGGCCUUGUGUUCAACCAUGACGUUCGAAUUGCUCAACAUAAGGUUGCCGAGCUCGUCUCCCAUACGUCGGAAGUGUGCGGGUUAGAGUGGCGCCCAGAUGGUGCACAGCUCGCUACCGGAGGAAACGACAAUUUGGUGUCGAUUUGGGAUGCUCGGUCCCUGACCACGCCCAAGUUUGCCAAGAAGAAUCACCGCGCCGCGGUCAAAGCUCUGAGUUGGUGCCCCUGGCAGUUGAACCUCCUAGCCACAGGUGGCGGCUCUUAUGACCGACACAUUCACUUUUGGAACACGACUACAGGCGCUCGAGUCAACAGCAUCGACACCGGAUCACAAGUGACCAGUCUCAAGUGGAGCAAUCACUACCGGGAACUUGUGAGCUCGAGCGGCUUCCCAGACAAUUCAUUGAGUCUCUGGAGCUAUCCUACUUUGGUGCGCAAUGUGGAGAUUCCAGCACAUGAAACUCGAGUUCUUCACAGCUGUCUAAGCCCCGACGGACAGAUGUUGGCAACAGCGGCGGCGGAUGAAAGCUUGAAGUUUUGGAAAGUUUUUGAACGGAAAGCGGGCGUCAGCGCGUCAGCGUCAAGGGAGGGUGGGGUCGGCAAAAGCGGAGCGAUGGCAAAGCAGAUGACCAUUCGGUGA